CUUGCGGGGGAGACGUCGUUCUAUAAUAUUUUUUCCGCUUGUAAACCAAAAAAAUAAACGCAAGUGAUCGCAAUACAAACCGUGUUUCAUAACACAAGUGUUAAGUGUUAACUCGAAGUGUAGUGUGGUGUCCGUGAUAGUGAAGGUUGCACUUAUGAUUUACAAUUGAAGUGGAUUCGACGAUGUGCAUCACAUAAUGGUCCGGAUCUCCAAUGAAAUAUUAAUGCCCUGAGGCAAUAUGAAAGUAAAAAGGAGUCUAGACGUGCGGCUAAUAGCCUUGUGCACAACUUGCAUACUGUUGCCAGCUAUAGCAUGCCCAUCUCAAUGUGUAUGUAAGUGGAAGAACGGAAAACGAUACGUGGAAUGUAUAGAAAAAGAAUUAAAGGCGAUCCCGAACGCGCUAGACUCCGAAACUCAAGUACUAGACUUCUCGGGUAACGAUCUUCAAGUGUUACAAAAAGAAACAUUUUUAAAACUUGGAUUACUCGAUUUGCAAAAGAUUUAUCUUCAAAGAUGUAAAAUACAGAAAAUAGAUAAUCACGCUUUCAAAAGUCUCGCCAAUCUAGUUGAAUUGGAUUUAUCGAAUAAUUAUUUAACUGUCAUACCAUCGACGAACUUUAUUUAUUUCCCAUCUCUAAUGAGAUUGUCGCUGAACAACAAUCCUGUGACAAGUAUAAAAACCCACUGCUUCCAACAUCUGCCCUAUUUGAAUACAUUAGAAUUGAGUGAUUGCGAGAUCGAAGUCAUAGAAAGAGAGGCCUUCUCAGGGCUACAUCAUUUGGAGUGGUUACGAUUGAAUGGUAAUAGAUUAUCAAACAUUCAAGGCGAGAAUUUAUUUCCAGAUACAUUGCGAGGAAUCGACUUGCAAAAUAAUAAUUGGAACUGCGACUGCCAUUUGAGAGAUUUACAUAGUUGGUUGUUGAAUUUCAAUAUGCCCCAUGCCGUCGAGCCAAUUUGCUCUCUUCCUGAACGGCUAAGGAAACGUACAAUAGCAAGUGUUCCUGAAGUCGAAUUAGCUUGCUUACCGAAAAUGACUCCUACGUCAGUGUUUUUAGAUACGAAUAUGGGUAGUAAUAUUACUCUGGAGUGUUUGGUUAAAGCUAUACCUGAAGCAAAAGUAACAUGGCUUUAUCAAGGGCAAAUCAUUCACAACUAUACUAGUAUGUCGACUGACGCUCGUGAUGUAUACUUUAUCGAAAAUGGUGUCAUGGACAAAAAGAGCGAGCUAUACAUAUUCAAUAUUGGUACUGACGACAAUGGAACCUAUUCAUGCGUAGCAGAAAAUCCGGCGGGAAAAUCACGUGCCAAUUAUACGCUUAGAGUUAUAGUGAAAGAGGAACCCGUGGUUAUUGUUGUUACAUUUCCUCAACGACAUUUAGUAGUUAUAGUCACAAUAGUGUUUCUUAUUAUUGUUUUAUUAAUAGCUAUAAUAGCUGUAGUUUUAUUGAAAUUCAAAACAGAUACUAAGAGUCGUAAAAAGAAAGAGAGCGGUAAAGAUGUGGCUCUAUGCAAUCAAAUUUUACCUUCAAGCCGGAGUAAUGGUACAUUACCUAAAAACAAUGGCAGUCUGAUUGUAAAUGCACAUUCCCACCAUGCUCUGCACUACACAGUGCAGACAAAUCGUGAUUACGAGUCUAGCGACGUGUAUCAAAGCAAUAACAUGAAAGGCUUUGUCGACAGGAAUCCUGACCUAAUUAGCGACGCGGAAACAGUCGCUAACAAUGCUCAAAAUGAGAACACAGUGUUAUCUGUGUACAAAGCGCAAACCGCGAAUGGCGAGGGUUUUGAAGAGGAAACCGCAUUCACCGCUCCAACAAUACCCCGACAGGUUACGUGGCAGGAUCAGCAGAAUUUAAAUAAUGUGAAUCUACCGCAGAAUGCGUUAAAUAACAUGUAUCAACAUUCCGCCGAUGUUCAUUUGAACCCUGGAUGCUUUUUAGAUAGCGAUGGUUAUCCUUAUGAUUACGGGCUUCCCAAACAUCCAUGUCGGCCCCCAAUGAUGACUAACUACUCAGUCGUUGGUCCAUUUUACCAAACAUUACCGCACAAUAGAUCAAAAGGGCAAAAGCUCGUAUGCAAAUUCGCUAAAGACACAGAAUUCAACGUGACACCACCUACGUGCCCAAAUUUCGAAUUGUUUAACGCGACAAACGUGAGACGUACUUUGGACGGGUAUCCGGUGCCACGGAACCGACAAAUCGCUUUUGUUGGUAAUGGAACAGUGUACUAUAAUGAGGAGUUUGUUCCGUCCCCGCCGGAGGGUUACAAAACAGAGCCUACUGUUCAGUGUUGUGCUCCAGCGGAGUCUUGUUCAUCUUGGGUCAGUCCUAAAGGAACAUGUGCAGUGAUGGUUCCCGUCGGAGUAGCGGAAGCUCCUGGACGGUGUUAUCAAGUGGAAACACGGUGUGUUGAUACACAAACCACAGACGCUCGUAUGCCCGGCGAGGGCACUGAAAAUGUUUUAAAGCCUUUACCACAAGUGUCGAACGCUAAAUGUGCAGCUGAUAUCUGUUCAGAGAGCCCCGACGAGGGUUACGUGGGUGAUGCUAACGACAUCUGACGACGUCGUCACAACGAUAAUGCGUAAACAGGGCAAUCUAGACGCUAAUAAAGUGAUAAAGCGACUGAAUAUAAGUAGAAUUGUACAUAGAAUUGAACACUUUGACAGUGAACGAAGCGUGAAAAUGUUUUCAGAUACGUCUGUAUGUGAUACUACAAAUGUCUUUGAAUUAAACGUAUAUCAAUAUGAUUACUUUUAUACGUAUAUUUUACGCUUCGUGUACUGUUAAUUUUUUUUUAUAUAGUGACUAACCAAAUAUCAUUCCAAAUUGUUUCUAGUCAAAACUUCAGAGCGGCUGUGUUUUUCAACUAACUUACCUCUAAUAUAUUCUAAUACUUUCUACAUUUAGCAUACUGAGUUUACAUUUUGAAGCAAUCUUACUCGUAGGACCAAGUUCUGUUUGCGAACUUUACAAACAUACACAAGUUGAUUCCACAUGUAACAGGAAGUGGGACAUGUCCCGAAUUGUAAAUGAAUGCGCAUUUCCUUAUGUUGAUCUGUCAAACUACUGUUUAGAAUGUCAUAAGUAUAAGUACACUUAAUCAAAAUGUCUUUUGUUCCGUCGUAUAUAUAAUCCUUUGUCUUUUAAAGAAACACAAAUGGGUCUAGUUUUUAAAAAAAUCACGAUAAAUACUGAAAAUUAAAAUAGGCAUAUUAUUUAUUUAUUUAUAGGAUCACCAACAUAAGACACAGCAAAGCAUUUUCAUACAAUACACGCUAGUGUAUUAUAUAGUGACAACCACAGCAUGCUUUGUGUUUGUAAAACAUUAAAAUAUUAAAUAAAUAAAGGUUAUCAAACGAAUAAAUAUAUUAAUAGUAUAUACAUAUGAUGGAACAUGUAUUAUAAAUAGUUAUUGAUUUCUUCAUACUAACAUAUAUGUGUACGUAUGUAUAUAAACCAUAUUGGUAAUAUUUUUAUGUAUGGCCCGUAAGUAAUUUGUUAAUUCACUAAUUACAAAUUUUAUUUUUGGUCUCACAUAGAAAAAUAAUCAAGCAUUGGGACCAAACAACAAAUGCGUAAUUUCCCAGAAAGAAACAUUUUACAUACAUACAUACAUAUCUGUCACGCCUGUCUCCCAUUAGGGUAGGCAGAAACAAUGGAACGUCAAAUGCUUCGAUUCAAACAAACCUCUUUCGUUUCUUCCACAUUCAUUAAUCUUGUCAUACACGCUCGUCGGUUACGGGUACUUUUAAUUUGGCCCUUCUUCAGCACGUCGCCUAUUUGGUCGACAUACGUCCGUCUAGGGCGGCCCCUACCGCUAAAUAUAUAAACCCCUAAAUAAACAAUAUUUAUUAGGAAAUGUAAAAAAAAAACCAUAAUGCUUCGAAUCUGAUGAUUACUAGAUCAUGACUGUAGACUGAAAAAAGUAAAAACUCUUUUAAAAAUUUUGUAACUACAUUACUAUACGAGUAAAUAUGAAAUAUUGUUUACGUUACUGUUAAAAAAUAUUAGAAAUAUUAAAAAAAAAAAUAUUGCUUAAUUUAUAUUUUACUUUUUAAAAAGCGUAUAAACAAACUGAAUUCUUACUCAAGUAAGUUGAAAAAUACAGUCGCAAAUGAUUUCAUACAUCAUUAUUAUGAAUUGUUUAGCAACUCUGUUUUACAUAUGUUAUUGUUUUUACACUAACAUAUUUAUAAUUUUUAAUAUUAUGUAUAUUUUUACGUUGCAUGGAAAAAUUUUAAAGUCUUAUAUUUUGGUAUUAUAUCCAAAGAAGUUUAAAAAUAGUUUUACUAAAUAAACAGUAAAUUAUCACAUCUUCAGACAUGUUUUAUCUAAUGAAUUAUUUACCAAUAUUGAAUAAGCUACCGUUAUUAAAAACCUAUUAAUAGAUACACAAUUUGAAAGGUUUCUAAAAUAGCGAAAUGACUUUAUUAAUUUUCUAGAAAAAAUAAUUAUCUCUGACUUUUGUUGAAUCUCAAAUGAAGACCGAUGUAUUUAUUGAAACGUUGACGUAGCUGAUAAAAUACGAAUUUAUAUAAAUCUAAAAUAAACAUUUAUUCAUUCAAUAUUACAGCACAAACUAACUUAAUUUAGCCGACCAAGCUACUAAGUUAAAUGUUCUGUUUAAGGAGUAAUUAAUUGAGGCAAUCUAGAACAUUUGUUUAAUUUUACACUCGAUAGCCACUGAAAAGCUUUCAUUGUCAACAAUACUACGUCACGCUGGAAAUUAGUUAAGCUUGGUUACAAUUAUAUUAAAGCACCGUCCGCACUCAUCAUAAUCGAUAAAUAACGGUCUGUAUCGUACCGAUCAGUAUCAGAAAAAAGUAAUAUCGUUACAUAUGUUUUAUGCGACGAUAUACAUAGCUGUGUUAAUAAUAAUAAUUCUUUAUUUGGAACAAAAACAUUGGUUACAAUAUUAUUGAAAAACGAUGAUAUCCGCAGAAGUAUAAAACUGUGUCGCGAAUAUCAACGCCCUCCUCCUAAUUGCAGGGUUCCAAAACAGACCAAUUAUAGCUGUCGAUGACAGGAAUAUUCAGUCUUGUCACUGUCUUACUAAUGCUCACCGUGAUUUGACUUUAAUUUUUAGCUAAGAACAUUUUUACUGCCAGCAUUAACAUUAGAAAGAAAUUGUUCGAAAUAUAAUUUCAUUAAUGAGUGAAAGAUUGAACCAUAUCUGUAUAAAAGAGAUAUCCUAUUUGGUCACCUAUCUUUCUUCGUACAUGCUAAUACAUCGGCUAAGGUCAUGAAUCGCGUUGGUAUUUGAAUAGAAAUUAUUAGUACAACUGCAUUACAGACACGGUAUCGAUUGGUACGACACUGAUUGCGACAUGUUGUCAGUUCGGCACUGACCAGUGCGGAUAUGCCUUUUCAAAAUUACUCAAAUAUAUAAACUUUGCUAAUUUCCACUAAAAAGACUACUUCGGUCAUAUAUAGUUUACAGUUAGCUCGUAAGACUGGCAACGAUUUUCAACGAUCAUUUAAACUUGUAACGUUAAUAGAUUAAUAAAAAUAUUAUAUCAAACAAUUUAACAUUAAAAAUUUGUUGUUUAUUUUUACAUUGUUUUAAUCUUUCACUUUUAAUAUUUCACUUUGAUCUUUUCAAAUUAUUUUUAUUAUCAAAUUUAAAAUACGUUAAAAGAUUUACAAUAAUCGCAAGUACAUUAAAUAAAAUAGUUUGUGUUGUAAAUGAAAAAUAAUAGACAUGUUACCAGUUUCCACUAUGCAUGUUACCAGUCUUACACUAUACCUAUACUCUUUUAACAAAUUGUUGUUGUGUUAUUUAAAACAAAAACAAAAUGUUGUGAUGUUACAAUAGCAUAGACAUAUUUUUUACUUGUAUAGAUAAUAAAUAUCUCUAUGAUUUAAAUAUCUGUAUUACUGAUACAUACCUAUUAUAAAAGGACUGAUUUCUUUUAUACCAUAAUAAUUAAAUGAUAGAAACGAAAAACUCUCUCACAUAGAAAACUUAUAUGUAAAUCUAGUAUUAGUGAGAUAUUCGAAAUGUGUACGCAUUAUAGUUCAUUAAUUUAAUAUUAAUAUUUCGUCAUAGUCGUAGAAUACU